AUGAGGGAGAAUGACAUAUUUGUUUUAGGGAAAGUUAAGGACUUCCUAGGAGUUAUGUCAGAAGCAAGUAAGCGGCUGGAGAAUGAUGCUAAGGACCAUCCAGAGGAAUAUGAUAUUGAAAAUGAAUCCGAAGUUAUUGAAAUGGAUUUGAUGCUUGGUGUUGCUGAUCUUCAUACACCUGAGGCUGAGGCUGAGGCUGAGGCUGUGGCUGCUGCAGAGUCAGCUAUUUCAGGUUGCCAGCCCAUGAUUUCAUUGGCUGCUGAUGGUAGUGAAAUAGACUCAAAAGAAGAAAGCAGUGUUGAUGAAGAUGAUGAAAUUGAUAGCAAUGUUGAUCUAUGUGAUUAUGGAAACGAUGGUAAAAAGCCUUCGUCUCUUGAUCAAAAACAUACUUCUAAUAAGGAUUUUGACCAUGAAAAACAGAAAAGAAAUCGCCAUUCCAAAAAGCGUCCGACUAUAGUUGAGCUAUCAUGAGGCCAAUGGGGUUAUGAGAAUUAAAUAUGCUUGUCUUGUACGAAUGUACUGGAUUUGCCCCCCCCACCUGGCUUCGAGUCCCUCAUUUUGAAAGAUAAGCUUGGAAUUUAGUCUAUGCUUAUUUCUUUUUUUUCUUUCCUGUUAUUUUGUAACACCACAAAAAAAAAAUACUGAGAUGAAUGUGGCCCGAAUCACUCCUUUAUACAUUGGGGUUCAAAUUUCAGCCCUAUAAUAUCAUGCAAUUGUGUUUUGUGCAUGUAAAUAGUCUAGUCUAGAGAAUUUGUUUAAUUGUAACAAAGCUAUAUUUAUUGUUUAACUGGUCCAA